AUGUCCCAGGAAGCAAGCACAUCUUUCCUUUUCCUGUGCUUUUUUCUGAGCCGGGGACUGCUGAGUCACGGAGACCCGGAUUCCAGGCAGGAUUUGCAUCCGUUGCUGCAAAAGGUGGCGGAAGAAAUAAUAGAUGGAAGCUACUUGCAUGCGUUCCUGGAUCUUAUCCAGUUUCAGAGCUCCCACGAGUGGACGGCAGAGCUGGCCCCCAGUGUCCUGGCCUACCUGCAUGCCCGGAACGUGGCCUUCACCGUCACCAGCCUGCAGGCGGCCAUGGAGAAUCACCUGCAGCAGCGCUUGUACCAGCCCCACAAGCUGCUGGCAGACCUGAGGGAGGCAGAUGCCCAGCAGUUCAGCACUGCUUUGAAAUGCCUGCUGGGAGACAAGAAGGACCGAUGGGAGCUGGAGGGCGUCAUGGUUGACCUGGGAGAGAUUCGGAAGCAGGCCCUGCAGAGCCCGGGCAUGAACCGCAGCCUGUUUCUCCUCACGCUGGAGCGGUGCUUCCAGGUGCUGAGCUCCCUGGAGUGUGUGGAGCUCCUGGGUGUCGUGCUGAGGGGCUCCUCGGGCAGCCUCCUCCAGCCGGACACCACAGCCAGGCUCCCCUUGGUCCUGCGUGAGGACGCCUUCAAGAACCUGUCUGCAGUGUUCAGAGACCUCUAUGACCACAUGCCGGCCCGUUCGCAGAAAGCCCUGUACUCCUGGAUGACUGGGGUUCUGCGGGUCCCCCCCAAUGCCACUGAUGACUCUGUCUCGUGGGUCAGUGCAGAAAAGCUGUGGAUUUUGGGCCGAUAUGUGGUCCACCUGUCACUGGAAGAGAUUAUGAAUAUCAGUCCCAUGGAAAUCGGCUUGUUUAUCAGCUAUGACAACGCCACCAAGCAGCUGGACACGGUGUAUGACAUCACGCCGGAAGUGGCCUGGGCGUUUCUGGAGAGGAUCCGGGCAUCCGGCUUCGACAUGAGAAAUACCUCUACCAUCUACAGGCUGGGUCUGCUUGUCUGCUUCUCUCCUGAGCUAGAGCCUCCGGACGCCGCCGUGGCCCGAGCCAUCCUUCACCAGAUGAUCAAAUGUCACCGUCUGCAGGGCUUCCAGGCCAGCGUGCAGAAGCUGAAAGCCCACCUGUUGGACAUCGCCACUGAGAACCAGACCCUCAACGAAACUCUGGGUUCUUUGUCGGAUGCGGUGGUGGGCUUGAGUCCUGAUCAGCUGGAAGCCCUCUCCCCCGAGGCUGUGCAGGCUGCCAUCUCCACUCUCAGCCAGGUCUCGGGCUGGGCCAGGAGCCAGGUCGUCAUCUUGGCUGCCAAGUACUUGGCCCAUGAGAAGGUGCCGUCCUUCCACAACGCCAGCCAGAUGGGCGCGCUGCUGGCCGGCGUCAGUACCGACAGCCUCUGCACCAUGGAGCGCCGGGACCUCACACAGCUUCUGCGGAGCCCCAGCUCCCUGCACCUGUCACCCACCCAGCGGCAGGCCGUGCUCAGCAAGGCCCGAGAAGCAGGAGACAUGCCCUCGGGCAUCGUGGAGGUCAAAGGGGCUCUAUUUAAGGAGGUGUCUCUCUUCGACUUAUGGACGGAGUCUGGCUUCAACUCCACAGUGCUGAGGGACAAGGAGCUUCGGACGAGUCAGGCCUUGUUCCUGUGCGAGCUUCUGUCCAAGAGCCCCAGGAGGCCCGAGGAGCUCUUGAGCGUGGGGCAGCUGGUCAAAGGUGUAACAUGCUUCCAUCUGGACGCCAUGAGCCUGGACUCCUUUCUGACCCAUUUCCGGUAUUUUGAGAAUAACUUCUCCCUGCUUUCACCGUAUCAGGUGAACUGUUUGGCGUGGAAAUACUGGGAUGUUUCCAGGUCCUCUAUGCCGCCCUUCCUACUGGCUGCACUUCCGGCUCGCUACCUGGCUGCUCUCCCAGCCUCCCAGUGUGUGUCCUUCCUGGUCAGCCUGGGCAAGAGGCAGUUGGACUCCUUGGUUUUCAAUGUCCAAAAGAAGAAUUCCGUCAUUGCAAAGGUGCAGCAGUGCCUGAGAAACUUCAUUGCCGAUGAGUAUGACGUGGACAUCCUGGGGAACCUGCUCUGUCACUUGCCAGCCCCCCUCCUCCGCCUGGGGGUGGCCCCCCGGGCCUGGGCUGCUGCUGUGCAAGGCCUCCGAGAUUGCCGGGCCCUGGGCCCUGAGCAGGGCGCCGUUGUGAAGAGCAGACUCCUGGAGCAGUGGGGACAUCCCCAGAACUGGACGGCGGAGACAACGAAGGACCUGGCCACCUUUCUCGUCUUUUUCUCAGGAGAGGAGCUGAGAACUCUUGCCGCAAAGUUUCCGGAUAUCCUUGAACAAACAGCUUUCAAGAUGGCCAGAAGCCUGCCCCCACAAGAGUUCCUCUGUGCUGUCUUUGAGUCUGUCCGGAAUAGCAGUGAGAAGAGCCCCAGCUCUGACCCUGGCUGCCGUGGCGUCACAGCUCCCUCCUCGGAUGCCAUCUUCAGGUUGGCAGAAGCCAACGCCUGCUGGGCCCCUGAGGAGCUGCUCUGUAUGGAGGGUGGUGUGUUCACCAGGAAUGUGGAGCUUCUGGGAGCCGUCAGGGGCUUCCGCCGGGCCCAGCUGCUGGCCCUGAAGGAGAAGGCUGUACAGGCUUGGGACUUGCCCACUCACUGGAAAGAGCACCACAUCAUCUCCCUGGGACGCAUUUCUCUGGCGCUGAAUGAGAGUGAGCUGGAGCAGCUGGACCUCAGCUCCAUCGACACGGUGACUUCACUGAGCUGGCAGACAGAAUGGACCCCGAGGCAGGCUGAGACCAUUCUGCAAGGGUUCCUGGAAGAUUCAGGUUAUAGUAUCCAGGCUCUGAAGAGCUUCCACCUGGUGGGGCUUGGAGGGACUCUGUGUGCCAUGAACAUCGCUGAAAUCUCACAGAUAAACAUCUCAGAGUUCAGGAUGGUGGUGGCCAGAAUUGGCACCCUGUGCUGUAGCCCCCAAGUCCUGGCUGAGUUCAAGAGGAAGGCGGAAGUGGUGUUUGGGACCCCUGCCCAGUGGUCUGGUUCUGUCUUGCAGGAGCUGGGAACCAUGGCGGCUGGAUUAACUAAGGAAGACCUUCGAAGCCUCGACAAGGGUUUGAUGCCGUAUUUCCAGCCAUCAGCAAUCAAAUGCCUUCCUGAUGAGAUAUUCAGAGCGCUGACAGCUGAUCAGAUCGCCUCCCUGGGGCCUGAGAACGCGGCAGCGGUGACCCCCUCCCAGCGCGCGCAACUCAGCCUGGUGCAGCUGCAGAGCCUCCAGCGGGCGCUAGAUGGCGCCAAGACUCACUCCUGGUUGGACUCGCCCCCCAGUGCCAGCACCGCCUGGACCCCCUCUUCCCGUUCAGCCCCAGGGGCCCCACUGACCCUGGGUCUCGGGCUUGGCUGCCCGCUGCUGGUUCUGUGGCCCAAGCUUGCGUGGUGAGUGGCUGUACUGGCCGUACCCUUGGGUGCCAGGCAGUGGGGCCAGCCGUGUGGAGACGGAGGGUGAUUCUAACAGCGGAAAACUCACCCAGACCUGGUGCCGUGACUUGGGUAGGGAGAACAUGGAAGAAUGAUGAUUCAGUUCAUACGAUGGCCAGUGUCUCCAGCAGGCAGCCCCUCUCUGCCCCCACCCCAGCCUCUCCUGUUCUCUGAGGAGAGGCUGAGAAGCCAGAAAUGCUGGGCUGGGGCAGGCGGAAUCUUCUGGACCAGGUCCUUCCCUCCCUCCCUGCCCGUAACCACGGUGCAGGAAGAGGCUGCAUGUGGAAGUGGGGCCUGAGUGGGCAUCUUCCCCAGCCGCCUUGGGUUUGUCCUUCUUAGCUGCUUAGUGGAGCUGAAACAAACAUAUCUCUCAACAUAAGCCAAUAUUCCUGCCUGAUUGCUGGGACUAAUUGAUGGUUUUGGUGGGCGCCGCAUUGCUUGGGAAUUAAAACAUUUAACAUG